GUUGACUUAUGAAUCAAUGGUUUAUAAAUAAAUAUCUCAUAAUUGACGAAUUAGCCAGUCUUAUAAUUAAGGUUGACUAUUAUUAUACUAUUUUUAACGUUUAAAUUAUACCCUUGCAUAAGUUGUUAAAUAUAUAAAUUAAGAAAUUACACGUUAUUAAACAUGUCCGCAGACUUGCGACAUUCAAUGUCUCCUGAUAUAAAUUUGCAUGAAAAAGCGGGCAUAAAGCAACAACCUGGAGGUCGACUAUCAGCACCCCCCGCAAUGGAAUUCUUUGACUCUGAAUCAAAUAAAGUUGAUCGAUUAGUUUUGAAUAAAUUUACAUUAUAUGAGACUAAAACAAAUUAUUAUAUGGUGGGAUCCAAUCAAAGUGACAGUAGAUUCCGAAUAUUGAAAAUUGAUCGAUCCACGCCUACAGAACUUACUGUGAUUGAGGACGAUAUUAUAUAUUCUAAACAAGAAAUAAAUGAUAUUUUAACGGCCCUUGAAGAAGGAAAUAGAGUAUCAGGAGGUUUAAACAAAGUUAUAACAGCAUAUGGAAUUGUUGGAUUUAUUAAGUUUACCGAGGGAUAUUAUAUCUCAUUAAUUACAAAAAGGAGUGCUGUUGCCUUAAUAGGAGGUCAUUAUAUUUAUCAUAUUGAUGAAACAGUUCUUAAACCAAUUGCCCAAGGAACGAAGCCUGAAAAGAAUUCAUCUAAGAAUUCGGAUGAACAAAGAUAUAUAAAUAUUUUCAAUAACGUUGACUUGACGAAAAAUUUUUAUUUUAGUUAUACGUAUGAUAUUACACAUACAUUACAACACAAUAUGACACGACCGCCGAGUCGUAGGAAUUUUUCUUAUAAUGAAAUGUUUGUUUGGAAUUCUUAUUUGUUAGAAAAUGGAUUCAGAAGUCUAAAAAAUAAUUCUGAUUGGAUUUUGCCAAUUAUACAUGGAUUCGUCGAUCAAUCGAAAAUAUCGAUUUUCGGACGAAAUAUUGUCGUGACAUUGAUUGCGCGAAGAUCUCGUUAUUUUGCUGGAGCUCGUUUCUUAAAACGUGGUGUUAAUGAUCAAGGUUAUGUCGCUAAUGACGUUGAAACAGAGCAAAUCGUAUCAGAGAUGAGUACAACUUCAUUUCAUCGAUCCGGGCUCCAUGAUAAUCCGUAUUAUACUUCGUAUGUCCAACACCGUGGAUCUAUACCAUUGUUUUGGUCUCAGGAUGUGAACAUGGCUCCAAAACCCCCUAUAGAAAUAAACUUCCGAGAUCCCUUCUUUGCUGCCGCGGCAUUGCAUUUCGAUAAUAUGUUUAAACGAUAUGGAGCGCCUAUAAUUGUCUUGAAUUUAAUCAAGACAAAAGAAAAAACCCCACGUGAGGGGAUAUUGGGAGAUGAAUUUUCUGAGACUAUGACUUAUUUAAGUCAAUUCUUGCCAGACAAAUGUCUAAAGUAUAUUGCAUGGGAUAUGUCAAAAGCUAGAAAGGGUGAUGACGAUGUUGUAGACUUGAUGGAAGGUUUUGCUGAAGAAUAUUUAGCCGACACUGGAUUUUUCCAUAGUGGACCAGAGGCAUGGAUAAAUGUUUUAAAAAGAGAAGAAAAAGAAGGAAAACCUCAAAAACGAAGAAUGUGUCUUCGCCAAAAUGGUAUUGUAAGGACAAAUUGUAUUGAUUGCCUGGACCGUACAAACGCCGCUCAGUUGAUUAUUGGAAAAUGUGCUUUAGGACAUCAAUUAUAUGCCUUGGGGAUUAUCGACAAACCUUGGGUUUCGGUAGAUUCUGAUGUUGUGAACAUGUUAACAGAUAUGUAUCACGAUCACGGUGACACAAUAGCAUUGCAAUAUGGUGGAUCAAAUUUGGUUAAUACAAUUGAUUCAUAUCGUAAAAUCAACCAAUGGACAAGCCAUUCUAGAGAUUUGAUUGAGAAUUUAAGGAGAUAUUAUAACAAUGCUUUUGCUGAUGCCGAAAAGCAGGAUGCGAUUAAUCUUUUCCUCGGAAAUUUUACCCCGGAGAAAGAAAAACCACAUUUAUGGGAAUUGCCAAAUGAUUUUUAUUUACAUAAUGAUGAUCCUCGUUUUAAGAGGCAACGUAGAAGUUAUAUACAUUGGUGGACAAAGGACGUUCUUCAGCCAAAAGAUGACCAACAACUUGAUAUCUCAAGAUAUCAACUUGUUCCACGCAUAGCACGUCAAUUUGAUGAUGAGACUGAUCCAUAUACAGGGUAUUGGGUAGAAUAUUAUCGUCCACGGUUAUUUACUUCAUUUGAGAAAUUAUUUGCCUCAAAUAUGAAUAGCACAACGAAAUACAUACCUUCGAGUGCUGAGCUCGGAACAUAUGAUUAUAGCCCAUUUGUAGUCCGUACAACUCCACAAGCAGCAAAAUUGAUGAAUAUUGGUGGUGUUAAAAAGUGGCUUGCGCUACCAAAUACUAAACCAAAGGAAAUAAUUGUUGAAGAAAAAAAGAAAAUUGAAGAAAAACCGAAGAAAGAAAAGGAUAAUCUAUCAUUAAUGGAAUCAAUAGUAUCAAAAAGUUUAAAUCCAAUUGUAUCUUCCAAUGAAGCCGAAGAGUACAAACAAUAUGUGAAUCAGGAUAAAAAUAUGGUUUUAACUUCAACACCAAAUGGAGAUACAGAUCCUUCAUUGAAGAGUCAUUCGGAAUAUCACCAUUAUGCAAAUUUUUGUUGUCGUGGCAAUCUUCCAAAUCCGAUAACCGAUUUAAAAGUACCAAAAAUAGACACCAAAAUUUAUGAUGAAUAUCUUGAAUAUCCUAGAAAAUAUGCUAUAAUAAAAGCAGCUGGCUCGAGUCAAUAUGACAGUAGCGGUGUAGCUAAAAGUAGAUAUCAAGCUUAUGAAAGUUGGUUAAAAACUGGUAAAUUAGCUGUAAAUAAUAGUGUUAUUAACAAUAAAAGUAAAGGAAACGAAAGAGGUGUAAAAAAUUUAUAGAUUAAGAAAUAAUGAAAAAAUUUUUUGUAAACUUAGUUAUUAUUUAUUCUUAUUGCAUUCGUAAUUAAUAUAUUUUUGUUUUCUAUUGUAUAAUAAAGUAGUAUAUCAUAUCUAAUAAAUAAAUAUUUUAAAUUAAUAAGAAAAAAAUCGAUAGGGA